AUGCGUUUCGCCACAGUCGUUGCUGCCGCAGUGGCGGCCUUGUCCGCAAGCGUCGAAGCCGACAGGGCUGCGGCCUUCAAGAAGCAUUCGGCCAAAUAUCUGCCGCAACAUGACGCUGAGGCUGCCUUGGCCAAGAGGCAUCUCCAUGCGCGCAACGCCACGAAGCCUCGUUAUCUGAACAGCAAGACCAAGAAAUUUGCUGUCGACGGUGCGGACCUGCCUGAGAUCCGCUUUGACGUCGGCGAGUCCUAUGCGGGGAGCCUGCCCAUUACCAACAAAAAAGGCGAAAAGGACCAGCUGUUCUUCUGGUUCUUCCCUUCAUCAGACGCCUCCAUCACCGAUGAAAUCACCGUCUGGCUGAACGGCGGCCCCGGCUGCUCGUCCCUGUCCGGCUUCCUGACCGAGAACGGUCCCGUGCUGUGGCAGGACGGCACGCUCGCCCCGGUCCAGAACCCGUACUCGUGGCACAAGCUCACCAACAUGAUCUGGAUUGAGCAGCCCGUCGGCACCGGCUUCUCCCUGGGCACACCCAGCGCCCGGGACGAGAUCGACGUGGCCACGCAGUUCCGCGGCUUCUGGAAAAACUUCAUCGACACCUUUGACCAGCUCAAGGGCGCCAAGACGUACCUGACCGGCGAGUCCUACGCCGGCGCCUACGUCCCGUACAUUGCCAACAGCUUCCUCCUCCAAAACGACACCAAGUACUUCAACCUCAAGGGCAUCUCCAUCAACGAUCCCGUCCUUGGAGAUGAAAAUAUCCAGUUCUCCAUCACCGAUGUUCCCUUCAACACGUACUGGGCCAACCUCCUUCACCACACCGACAAGACCGUCGCCAAAAUCAAUGAGCUCUAUGAAUCGAGUGGACAGGCCAACUACACGAGAAAGUGGUUCACCUUCCCGCCUCCCCAGGAACCCUUCCCCGCGGUUCCCGACGAGGAUAAGGAGGUGUCCAAGAUCAUCCGCAAGUCGCUGCAGUCGAACAACCCUUGCUACAACGUCUACCACAUCUCCGACCAGUGCCCGACCGUCUACAGCCACCUCGGCGGCGUCAACGACGGCGACUACGUGCCCCCCGGCUCCGAAGUCUACUUCCAGCGCAAGGACGUGCAGAGGGCCAUCCACGCGCCCCUCAUCGGCGACCGGUGGCAGCAGUGCGGCGGCAACACCAACGGGUCCGUGUUCCCCCACGGCGACGCCUCCCCCGGCGCCGCCCUCGACGGCACCCUGCAGAACAUCAUCGAGCGCACCAACAACACCAUCGUCGGCUCCGGCGCCCUCGACGCCCUCCUCCAGACCAACGGCACCCUCUUUGCCCUGCAGAACGUCACCUGGCACGGCCACCGCGGCUUCCACUCCUUCCCCAAGACGCCCUUCUUCGUCCCCGACCACGAGGACAAGAACCCGGGCGCGCUGGGGCCAAAGGGCGACAUUGGCGUGUACGUCAAGGAGCGCGGGUUGACGUUUUACGACGUCCAGCUAGCGGGCCACGAGGUCCCGAGCUAUUCGCUGUCUGGUGGCUACAGGAUGCUGCAGCAGCUUCUCGGGCGCAUCGACGACUUGAGCAGCACGAAGCCGCUGUUCUAA